CCGCCGCCGCCGCCGCCCCACUCCUUCAUCAAGCAGGAGCCGAGUUGGGGCGGCGCGGAGCCGCACGAGGAGCAGUGCUUGAGCGCCUUCACCGUGCAUUUCUCGGGCCAGUUCACCGGCACUGCGGGAGCUUGUCGCUACGGACCCUUCGGCCCUCCACCGCCCAGCCAGGCGUCCUCCGGCCAGGCCAGGAUGUUCCCCAACGCGCCCUACCUGCCCAGUUGCCUCGAGAGUCAGCCAGCCAUUCGAAACCAAGCGUACAGCACGGUCACCUUCGACGGGACGCCCAGCUACGGCCACACGCCUUCGCACCACGCAGCGCAGUUCCCCAACCACUCUUUCAAGCACGAGGACCCCAUGGGCCAGCAGGGCUCACUGGGCGAACAGCAGUACUCAGUGCCGCCCCCGGUCUACGGCUGCCACACCCCCACCGACAGCUGCACGGGCAGCCAAGCUCUGCUGCUGAGGACGCCCUACAGCAGUGACAAUUUAUACCAAAUGACCUCCCAGCUUGAAUGUAUGACCUGGAAUCAGAUGAACUUGGGAGCCACAUUGAAAGGAGUUGCUACUGGGAGCUCCGGCUCAGUGAAAUGGACAGAAGGGCAGAGCAACCACGGCACGGGGUACGAGAGCGAUAACCAUACAACACCCAUCCUCUGCGGUGCCCAGUACAGAAUACACACCCAUGGCGUCUUCAGGGGCAUCCAGGAUGUGCGGCGCGUGCCAGGUGUGGCCCCGACUCUUGUCCGGUCAGCAUCUGAGACCAGCGAGAAGCGGCCCUUCAUGUGUGCUUACCCGGGCUGCAAUAAGAGAUAUUUUAAGCUGUCCCACUUACAGAUGCACAGCCGGAAGCAUACUGGUGAGAAGCCAUACCAGUGUGACUUCAAGGACUGUGAGCGAAGGUUUUCUCGUUCAGACCAGCUUAAAAGACACCAAAGGAGACACACAGGUGUGAAACCAUUCCAGUGUAAAACUUGUCAGCGAAAGUUCUCCCGGUCCGACCAUCUGAAGACCCACACCAGGACUCAUACAGGUGAAAAACCCUUCAGCUGCCGAUGGCCCAGCUGUCAGAAAAAGUUUGCCCGGUCAGACGAAUUAGUCCGCCACCACAAUAUGCACCAGAGAAACAUGACCAAGCUACAGCUGGCCCUCUGA